AAAAAAUUAAAAGAACACUUAUAAUAAUAUGUCAAAUCAUAAUAUUUAAUGAGCGCGGAUUCAAAAUAAAAUAUAUAACAUAGUUAAUAAAAAAGCGUGCUGUUGUGUUUUAGUGAGUGCAUUCCCGUUUAUAAACAAAUUGUUGUAAUCCUGAAAAAUUAACAAAAAUCGAAGUCAUCAAAACAAAACACGAUAAUUAAGGGCAUGUAUAAAUUCAAUUUCAAUAAUAAUUUAUCUUUGUCAUUUUUAGAAUCGGCUUAUGUAGUUUAAGUUACUUUGUGUGCGUCUAUUAACUGCACCGUUUCAUUAUUAUUUUAUAUUGAAGUGAUAUUAUGGGCAUUUUUCACUGUUGAAUUGAACUGAAAAGAAUAAAAAGGUCAAAAGUGUUAGUGAAAAUUUGGUUACUGACAAUAAGCUGCAACUCAUCUUGCUACCGGCUGUUUAUAAAAUUAGAUACUUUUUAUGCCUAAACAUUCUUCUAAGCCGAAAUGAUCCGUAAAACAAAAUAGUGUCUUUGUGUCGUUUGAACGAAUCUGCACUAAAACUAAAUUCCCAUCGUAAAUCGAAUACUUUCUGUCGUAAGUUGGGAAAAACGAAAGUACGGUUGAUAUACAAAUGCAUUACUUUCUCUUUCCUGGAUAUUGUUUUAUUAUGUUGAUGCUGCAUUCACAAAUAUAAGUGUAUCUUAAGUGAAAACAAAAACAAUAAAUAACGGUUGCGAUAGACACCUAUUAACUGUUAGAUGACCAUUAGAAAACUUUAAAUGAUUAACAAACAUAUUUGUUUUUGGUUUUAUUUUUACGACAACAGGUAUUAUCAUAUAAGCAUAUUUAGUGUUCCUGGCAAGUAAGUAUGUUUCCUGCCCGUAAAGAAUGUAUUUCACACAUUAACAAGGUCACGUAAUUAUGUACAAUUGUUUUCCCUUUCAUAUCGAGACAUCAAGGCGACCAGGCAGCUGUUUUCGCACCUACGAGUGGUCAAGGCUCCAGAAGAUGGGUGGAUUUAUAAUUGCAUGUUGUUUUUGCUAUUAUAUUUUAGCAGAGUCAAUUAGCAGUUUGAAGCCACAUCAAUUAUAAAGACUUAAUUGUUAUUGUGUCAAUUAUCAGCUCAUUAUCACUAUUGUUUGAAUAUGCGUAUAUAAGCUCGUUUCAUUCAGUUCAUUUUAUACAGUUGAUUUUGUCUACUACUGCUAUUUUGGAUUUACUGCGAAUUAUAUACUUGGUAUAUUUUCUACAGUGUUUGUUGUGAUAUUGUUUGUGCGUUUAGGAUUAUAUAUACAUUGUGCACAAUGACUCUGCGACACCUUCUGGCGACGGAAACCUUGUUCUUCCUGGUACAGUUUCUUGAAGACAAGAAGUUCCAGGUUCGAACCAGGAAACACUUCAAGGAUGCCGACGAAAUUGAGCUCAACGGAGUGUACAAUGUGCAGUGGGGAAGCGGGAAGCAGGUUGGGCUUGCAUCUGCGCUAGCGCAGGGAAAGAAGGGUACAAUGGAAAAAGAAAUGGCCACACGGAUCACCGCUUUGUCUGCCCCGACGAGAAAACGGAAGGCCGUGGACCAAACCGUCGCCAAGGUCACCAAGGUCACCAAGAAAAGAGCCGUAGUGGUGUCUGUUGGCUCGCCAAGGGACGACGCACAACCAACAACAUCUGAACAAACGACAUCACCCGUCGUCCCGGCUAACACCUGUAUAGCCGCAACGCCAACCAGCGCCACAACAACUUCAAGACAAGCGACGCCAACCAACGCCACGCCAAGAACUUCAGGACAAACAACGCCAACCAACGCCACGGACACGACGAGACCAGCAACGCCAACCAACGCCACGGACACGACACCAGCCAUCGCCACGGACACGAGACCAGCAACACCAGCCAUCGCCACGGACACGAUACCAGCAACACCAGCCAUCGCCACGGAAACGAGACCAGCAACACCAGCCAUCGCCACGUCAAUCAUCGCUAGACCCACGCCUGCCAGAAGAACAAGUUCAACCAUGGAACCCGGCAGCGUGGCACAUAUUCUUGUGCUGCUGAACCGCAUGGAGGCGUACAUGGCGGAUCAGACGAGAGCCAUGAUCAGCAUGGGAAAGAGGUUAACCAAACUGGAAGCGGCAGUGGAGCGGUUGGAGGUGUCGUUGGCCAGUCGACAGCCUAUGCAGCCUAUACAGCCUAUGCAGCCUAUACAGCCUAUGCAGCCUAUGCAGCCUCUGCAGCCUAUACUGCCCGACCCAGACCAAGAAAACCAGAUGCCUGAAACAAGCCUUGUUGACAAGGCGAUAUUGGACGCCAUAAAUAGGGAGGCAAACAAUGAGGCCCAUUUUGCCUGUCUACUGCUGCCGCACGUUUUCCCAGAGUUGUUUGGGGUUGACAAGCUUCGGCUGCUGUUCAACUGGAAUGGGGCGGCCGGGAAACAGGCGCUGGAUGCCUCCAGGAAGGCUUUCGUUGAACAUACAACGAAGUUUUUCUACCCGGACGCAAGAUCCACGUCGGGUUGGACGGCCGUAGUCCUGCGCAUCAAUGAGCGCCUGAGGAGAAAGGAAAAGAAAAAGAAAGAUCAGCAAGAAACGGAACGUUUGCUUGAGGAAGGACUGGGCGAGCUGUCAUUUUUUAAUUUGUAAAUCUCUGUACUCACAGCAUAUCUCUUUCUCAUUUUAUGAGACAAACAUACUUAAAACAAAUCAUAAUCAACACUAUUGAUUAUGAAUAUUAUUUGGUUGUAACAUGUUUUGUGAUAUCAGAUAUUUUAUCAUCAUCAUACAUUGUUGGGGCCUUAGGAAACUAUGCACAAUUUAGAUAAUAUUUAAAUGUGUUGAUCAAAUUGUAGAAACUGUACAUAUUAUAUAAUCAAACAUUAAGUUUUAAUGCCUUUUAUGCAGUUAAUGGUAUUACGUGGUGACAAUAGCCAGUACUUUGACAUUAUUCAGACUUCAGAUUAUAUAAAAUAAUUGAUAAAGCUCCUGAAAGACAAACAUAAAAAACGCUUUAAUAUAAAAUAAAAUAUGUUGAUAAUGUAUGAUUUAUGCAAUCAAAUAACAAUAGUUAUUUGUAAUAAAGAUUUUUGCCAUUUA